UGACACACGAAGCUGUCAGGUUAUCUUUGCUUAUACCAUUUAUUUUUUCAACGAUUCUGCUAACCUCGAUCAUGGACAAUUCCUACUGGCGCAACAAGGUGGCGGUGGUUACUGGCGCCUCCGUUGGAAUCGGAGCCUGCACAGCUCUGGAGUUGGCCAAUGCGGGAAUGGUGGUCGUGGGUCUAGCACGCCGGGUUGAACUCAUUGAGACUCUCAAGGAUCAAGUGAGUGGAGAGGGAAAGAUUUUUGCUAGGCAAUGUGACCUCAGCGAUGAGGAGCAAUUGACCAGUGCCUUCAGCUGGAUUCGUGAAAAGUUUCAGGCCAUCCAUGUCUUGGUGUGCAACGCGGGCAUCCUGAAGGCCAACUUCCUGAGCGAGUCCCCCACCAAGGAUAUUAAGGAGCUGUUUGACACGAAUGUGGUGGCCACCGCCUGCUGCCUGCGGGAGGCGCUUAAGCACAUGGCUGCGGUCAAUGUUCGCGGUCACAUCGUGGUCAUGAACAGCGUGCUUGGCCAUCGGAUUCCGGAAGUGCCGGUGCCCUUAUUCAGCGUUUAUCCGGCCACGAAGCAUGCAAUUACGGCCCUCUGCCAAACGGUGCGCCAGGAAAUACAUUUUCUCAAAUUAAAUAUUAAAUUAACGAGCAUCUGUCCGGGCAUGGUGGACACGGACUUCCUCAGUGUUUACUCGCAGGCGGUGGCCGAGCUGCCGAAGCUGCAGGCGAAGGAUGUGGCCAAGGCCGUACUGUAUGCACUGGACACUCCUGAUGGCGUCCAGGUGGAGGACAUUAUCCUGCAGCAGAUGCGGAAGGUCAAUUAAGGCACUACCUCCCAGAUGCCUAAGAACGCCUAUUUUACAGACACAUGAUACUGUAUUUAAAUGUUUUUAUUGUUAUAUUUUGUGAUUCUAAAAACUCUAUUCACUUACCAACUUACAUAUAUAU